AGUCUCUCUAAAACAUUUAACUGAAAAUGUACUCGGUGACGUUGAUUUUUUUGCAAGACGAAUAUAGAAAGCACUACAGCCAAGCUGUAGUACUGAGUAUUCGAGUUAUAUACUGAUGAAGGUUAGUGGUGAACACACCUCAGGUACAAUUAAAAAGAAAUAUGAAUUUAAUAGCUACAAAAAUACUAGUGGCAGUGCUGUUUUUCUUCAUAAGAUUUAAUUUCUCAAUUUUACCAGUGAAGUUGUAUAAUUUUUUGAGAAAAUGGGAGGGAGAAGAAGCCUCUUCAGGGCAAUUUAUUAAUCACAAACGACACAAGCAAGUUACGCUAGCAAUUGCCUUCUGUCAGUCCUUUGGAGGUGGUGUUUUAUUUGCUACUUGUUUUCUGCAUAUGAUGUUAGAGGUUAACAAUUCUGUGGAGUAUUUGAAGCAAUUCGGAGAUAUUAAUGAUGAUUAUCCAUUAGCUCAACUAGCGAUAUGUUUGGGAUUUUUCUUUGUAUACUUUUUAGAAGAAAUUUCUCACUGGGCAGUUACUAGAAUUCCUGACCAUCCAUCUUCACCAAAUUGCGAAAAGAAAGUAUUUAUUAUUGAAGAAUAUAAUAAGGUUAUUGUAGAAGAAGAAGAAGAAGAAGAUAAAGAAAGCUCACCAAUAGAAAAAGAUGAUGAUAACAGUAUAAGGAAAUCGAAAGAUGUUUUAAGUAUAGACGAGAAUCAUGAGUCCAUUGUUUUUGAUUCGUUGAGCUUAAAUUCUAGCGUUGAGCAAGAAAAUAAGAAAAAUGCCGAUAUGGACGGGGAUUCCAAAGAAACUGAAAAAAAAAUUCUUAGAGAAGAACGAAUUGAUGUUGAAAUUAAAUCUAAACAACAAGUUAUACGUGGAGUAUUAGUGAUAGUUGCUCUUUCUUUUCAUGCUAUUUUUGAAGGCUUAGCUAUAGGAUUACAAAAAAAUAUCGGUAACAUUUGGUAUAUGUUUAUUGCCGUUUGCAUACAUUCAGCUACUAUUUUGUUCUGCAUUACUUUAGAAAUGGUUAUAGCGAGAGUUAAUUUCAGAGCGAUAUGUAUUCAUGCUUUCGGUUUAGCUUUCUCAAGCACAUUAGGAGUAUUCUUGGGAAUCCUUGUUAGUUACACCAGUGACCUAGAUACUAAAGGUAAAUCAAUGGCUGUUGUAGCUCUUGAAGGACUAUCAGCGGGUACAAUUUUGUAUAUAACCUUUUUCGAAGUAUUGAAUAGAGAAAAAGAGAGAAGAAUUUAUAGAAUGUCUAGAGCUAUAUGUAUAUUGAGUGGGUUUAGUCUUAUGGCGUUUCUUCAAUGGUACCGAUAGCAUUUGAAUAUGGUUUUUUACUUAUAAAGAUAAAUAAAUGAGAGAAUAAACGUGAUACUUUGUUUCUUUAUAGACUAGAAGAUAGCGUUCCGAUUCAUUCCCUCUUGGAUAUUCAACCCCCUGGAGCUAGCAAGAUCAAACCUUGCAAAAUCGUUUAUUCUAGAAAAUGUCUUGUGAAAAUGAGUUUUCAUAUAUUUU